AUAAGAGUCUAAUAAAAUCAUGAUUAAAUUGGUCUGAACAUCACGAUAUCAUUACAAUAAACGUCUAAGUACAGUAAUCGGAUUUUAAUUGUCCUACUACCACCAUGGAGUAUACUUCACAGAUUCUCCUUUCGAUCUUGCUGAUUAUAGUUAAUAUACAUUGCAGUCUGUCUUUAAGCUGCUAUGAAUGCAAUCCUUGUCCAGUUCCAUUUAGGAAUUCUUCAGUGAGAAUAGGACAUAAUUGUAAAUGGUGUGCAAAGCUUUCGGUAAAACAUUACCCAACUCCAAUCAGAGAAUGUGCACCUGAGUGCAGCUUUGCGUUUUGGGGUCCAACACACAGAUCACUGUCUUAUGAUUGUUGUCAAACUGACUAUUGUAAUAAGAGUGUACAGACACGUAUAGUUCAUCAUAUGUUGACUGUGAUAGUCAUAAUACUCACUUGUUUCUUCAGAGUUAAGAUGCAGUGAAACUGAACAAACAUUAUAUUCUACACAAAUCGAUUGUUUUUAUUUUUAUCUUGCUUUCUGUAUUUUAUAGAUUCAGCCGUAUAUUAAGCAUGGGCAUUGUUUUGUAACUUAUAAACCAGAAAUAUUAAUCUUUUUUUUAAUUUUUGCAAUUCACUGAUACUUUAGUUUCAUUCUGUUUUGUAUUGAAAAUAAUACUGUAAUAAAACGAACCAAUUUCUUCUUC